AUGGCUUGGAAUCAGUUCUGGCUGAGGACCUUGGAGGUCUGGUUGACUGCUAGACUCCUGCGGAGUCCCAUCUUCCAUCAGAUGGUCGGUCGAGUCCAUCAGCGCGUACAGCAUUUUCGACACGGGAUACCUCCCGAACCAUCACGCACAACCCUAGAGAAGAGUGAAUCCAAUCUCACCAAAUUUAUCGAAUAUUUUAAGGAGGAGCUCAAGGAUCAGGCGAAGGGCAACCCUCGAAACAAGUUGUAA